AUGCCUUCGCGAGGCUCGCCACCUGCACCGGCUCAACGUGCGAUGUUAAAGGGCAAAGAGCACGACCACUCUGGUCUUUCUCGAGAACGGGAGAAGGCGAAAAAGACGGGCGAAGCCAAAGAACAAGCACGAGGAUCCGAGGAAGCGAGCAAGAGCCUGCGGAAAGGAGGGAAGCUAGACGAAGAGCGGCGACAAAAAGGGGACGGCAAGCAAAAAGGAUCGCCUACACAAGGCGAGGAGGACGGCGAAGCACCGAGGAGAGGCCGAAAGAAGAGAGACGAUGAGAAGCUGGCAAAAAACGCGCGCAAGUCUGAGGUUGGAAAGAAUGAUAGGACGCACGUCUCAAAAGACGACCACAGUUCGAUUCCACCGAGCCAGGAAGUGCCAGCAAGGAAGCCCGCACCACGAAGCAGAGAGGCAGACGAGCGGAUACAGACAGCCGGCAAAAGCUGUGAGAUGGUUCAGUUCUCUGCAUCGAGGACACCCGAGACGCCGUGCCGUUCUGCGGCGUUGCUUCCACUUCCUGUCUCCCCUUACUCGCGUUCUCUUCCCUCUUCUUCGUCCUGCGCAUCGUCUUUGUCUUGUGGACUCGGUCUUCUUUCGCCGGCGGCGCUUGUGGCCAUCGAGCGAAGAACAGGAAUACCUGCGCAUCGCCACGACGCGGAGAAUCGUCUUCCUAGCGCCAGGAGCAAGCGCGCGCAUUCGAAAGAAAAAGAGCGGCCGGGGACUGGAAAGAGUGAUCUGCGAACCUCAGGCCGAAAACCCCCUCUCAUAAUGUCUCGUCGACGCGGUUCGCCUUCCUCCCGCCCGUUGCCUACAUCCGUUGCCGCCUCGUCAACUUCUUCGUCUUCUUCCCCUUUGCCUGUGGCUGCUGUUUCUUCCGCGCCUUCUUCUUCAGCUGCUUCGGGUUCGUCUUCUUCAGGCGCUUCCUGUUCCGUGGAUCCGUUCCGUCGGAAUCCUGCGCUUCUCUCUGCGGCGGCGUUUCUGGCCACCGGUGGAUGGGAUCCUCUGUCGGACGACGAUUCUGGCGAGGAGCUCAGCAGCCAGUCCGACGACGCGUGCAGCACUUCCAAGGGCGGAGAAGGUCGCGUUUCCCUUUCCGAAGACGCCGCAGUUUCGCCGAGGGAAUCCCGAAAAGAGGGAAACGUGUGGCUGAGCGACGCGUGGGGGGAUCCCUGGAGUGAUCACGAAGGGCGUGGAUCCUCGCAGAAGGACUGGGACAAGAAAGCAGAUGGAACCAUCCGAAAUGCCAGGCAACAGAAAGCUGCGUUAAACAGGGGAAAAAGAAGGAAAGGAUGGUCUCCCGCGGAGGAUCGCUUGGGCUUGUCUCUGCUUGGCGACUUUCCCCCGGCUCUUGGUUCGGUGUACCUUCAACGGGCGGCAGGGUGUGCGUCUUUAUCCUCUCAAGUGGGGGCGGGUUUCUCGUCGUUUCCUUCCGCCUUUUCCUGCGCCUCUUCUUCGUCUUGCUCCUCAUCGUCAUCGGUCAGUGUUGCGUUCUCGACACCCUUGAGGGAGGCGUUCGCCUCGCUCUCUGUUGUCAGCGGUGCACCGGACGAUCCUGCGUCGAUGCUCGGCCGGCGAUCCGAACAAAAAUAUGGAUCUUCUCCUUCGCCUCCUUCUCGUUUUCCCCGUGCUGUCUCGCGUCACACAGCAUCUUCUGCGCCGUUUGGGUCUUGUGCCUUUGACGCCUGUGUGGGAUCUUCGGCUGCCUACCCUCCUGGUUCGCACGUUGUUGCUUCGAGUCUGGGAAGAAAAAGCGCCGUGCUUCCCCCUCCCCCGUCGUUGCCAAGCCCUGGAGAGAAGGAGUCGGUCGUUCAGCCGCCUCCGCCUCCGCCGUGUUUUGCCAAGCAAGACGCUUUCCGUUCGCCUUUUUGCUUUGGUUCUUCGUCGAGGUCCGCGACCGAAGAGCGAAGACCGAGCUCCGGUGUCCCUCCUCCUCCUAAACUUGUGGAAAACGCCCUGUCCCCGCCAUCUCUGGGUCCUUCUGCACAGGACCGUUUCAGGCAGCCCGCUUUGGUUGUCGCCCCGGUGUCUCUCCAGCGUCACAUUGAGAACGAAGCCCAUCACGGGCGCGGUCUUUCGUUUUCAACUUACCCCUGUCCAACUCCUCUUGACACCGGAGAAGCCCACCCGUCCCUGCCUCCUAUUGCGUCGUAUCCUGACGAGCAAGGAACGAUUUCGUCACGUGCGUUUUUCUCAAGUGUUUACCCAGUCAUCCCUUCCAUCGCUCUCUACGGGACGGAGCACUAUGCAAGCUGUCCCCCUUCUUUCUACGAGGAAGACGCCGCUGCUUCGCUGCCGCCUUCUACGUCGAGUUUGGUCUUCCCUCCUCAACAGAAACACAUUGGGAAGGCACGGCCUCUUCCUUUCUCUUCUUCUCUCCGACCUUCGCCCCUCCUUCCUGCGCGAUCUUUCUUCCAAGAGCAAGAACACGAGGCUUCGCGGCUGACGUUCGUCCCUUCACAUGCAUCGGGGAAAAAAGGUGUUUCAAAGGACAAAUGCAUGCAGUUGUUUGUCGUGCCUUGUCUGUCAUGGUGUGGAGGGCGAUAUUUUUCGCCGCAUCGAUGUGUCUCAUCUGCUCCGUCGUUUGAUGCUUUCCCUGUCGGCUGA